GUAACUCUUCUGAUAGCGGGUUCACCAUCUCGAUCCAGGUAUGUAGUCCAGGAUAGUCCAGGAUAGAUCGAGGGAUAGAACAUCCCAAGGCGGCUCUCAAGCUCAAAAACAGUACCGUAUUACAUGCCGUUACGCCAAUACCACCGCCACUAGUGCAGAGAAAUGGCCGUACAGGACGGCAACGAUACACGCCUUUCGCCACGCUCUCAUUGGCUCAUUGGCCCAACAGCGCCCGCCCGACACCGCCCUGAGUCAAAAACUUUUUUUCGCUGUUCUUUUUCUCCCCUCCCGGAUUCACCGUCUUUUUUGCUUCCUUUCUACACCAUCACGACGCUCGACACAUUGCACCACCCACACAGCCAGUUCUCUCAAUGCCUUCUUCCACACUCAUCUGAGUACCCAGUACCCACUACACAUAGUAUAUUUAAGUGCUUGACGAGCACAACAGCGCUUAUGCGUGUAAUUCCUUCAAUCUUUACUUCUCAGGACUACAUAUCUGAUCACCUCUGGAAAGCUUCGGUAAAUUGAGUCAAACAUCGCGCCAGUUGAGUUAUAAAACUGUAGAGACAAAAAGAAAAAAUCAACAAUUAUGUUUGCACGAAUUAUCAAAUCAGUCCCAGCGGGGGCUCAUGCUACCGCUGCUCUGAGGACUCCGGCCUUUAAUGCUCGAUUCAUGGCUACUGUCAGCCGAACCGAUCCUCUCCAGACCGCUCCCCCACCUAAGAAAGUCACCCCAUCGGCUCAUGACAGGGCGACAUUCACGAUCAGAGAUGGUCCGGUAUUCCACGGGAAGUCGUUUGGUGCCAAGGCAAACAUCUCCGGUGAAGCUGUCUUCACCACUUCCCUCGUAGGAUACCCGGAGUCCUUGAGUGACCCUUCUUAUCGUGGCCAGAUUUUGGUCUUCACCCAGCCUUUAAUUGGCAACUACGGCGUGCCGUCUGCUGAAAGGGACGAGAAUGGCCUUCUUAAAUACUUUGAAUCUCCCAGCCUCCAGGCUGUUGGCGUUGUCGUUGCCGAUGUUGCCGAGCGCUACAGCCACUGGACCGCUGUUGAGAGUCUCGGUGAAUGGUGCACUAGGGAAGGUGUACCCGCCAUUUCUGGAGUUGACACUCGUGAAAUUGUCACCUAUCUUCGUGAGCAGGGUUCCUCCCUGGCCCGAAUCACAAUUGGCGAGGAAUACGAUGCUGAUCAGGACGAGGCCUUCGUUGACCCGGAGCAAAUUAACUUGGUGCAAAAGGUUAGCACCAAGGGCCCCUUCCAUGUUAGCCCUGGCAAUAGCACCGCACACGUCGCCGUCAUCGACUGCGGCGUUAAGGAGAAUAUCCUGAGAAGUCUUGUCAACCGGGGAGCCAGCAUCACUGUCUUCCCUCACAACUAUCCUAUCCACAAAGUUGCGCACCACUUCGACGGUGUGUUCGUCUCCAACGGACCCGGCGACCCAACCCACUGCCAGGAUACUGUCUACAACCUCCGCAAAUUGAUGGAGACGUCCCAAGUGCCAGUAAUGGGUAUUUGCCUUGGCCAUCAGCUCAUUGCCCUGGCCGCUGGUGCUCGAACAAUCAAGCUGAAGUACGGCAACCGUGCCCACAACAUCCCUGCUCUGGAUUUGACCACGGGCCGCUGUCAUAUUACCAGCCAGAAUCACGGAUAUGCCGUUGAUGCUUCUACGCUCCCAAGCGACUGGAAGCCCUACUUCAUCAACCUCAACGACUCUAGCAACGAAGGCCUGAUCCACAAGACCCGACCUAUCUUCAGCACCCAAUUCCACCCGGAGGCAAAAGGAGGCCCGCUCGAUUCCUCUUAUCUUUUUGAUAUCUACCUGGAGAGCGUGCAUAAGUACAAGGCCACACAGGCGGUGUUCCAACCUCAUAGGGACAGCCGCCCAAGCCCUCUACUUGCUGAUCUUUUGGGCAAGGAACGGGUUGGCGUGCAGGCUACUAUUGGCGUUGAAAGUCAGCCCGUCGCAGCUGGUGUUGCCUCUGCCCCUGCUGCUGCUGCCGCCGCCGCUUGAUUGAUGACUUUUGCUUCCUUUUUUUUUUAAUGCUCUGGGUGCUUUGGCGUUUUCCACUCUUUGUCCUCUUUUCCAAGUUUUCUGUUUAUGCCAUUUCAUUUUUACCGUUAUCGCGCCGUUUUGGGCACGUGGACUAUUGUUCAAUUCUUAUGAUAUUUUUUCCCCUUAUUUAGUUCUCUAAAGUAAUCAAAUUACAUUCUUCCGCCUAA